AUGACAUUCGACUAUAAAUUGACAUGGCAUGAACACAUCAAACAAUUAAAAUCAGACUGUAUUAAGCGGAUGAACAUAAUGAAAGUUUUGGCAAAUAAUACCUGGGGAGCUGAUGAGAAAACCCUUCUAACCAUAUACCGAACACUGAUAAGAUCGAAACUUGACUAUGGUUCAAUAAUAUAUGCAACAGCUAGCAAAACUUUACUGAAAAGUCUAAAUGUUGUACAAAAUACCGCCCUCCGAAUAGCUACAGGUGCUUUUAUAACAAGUCCUUCACAAAGUUUAUGCAAAGAGACUGGCGAAAUACCACUUUUCCUUCGAAGACAGAUGCUACAGAUGACAUAUGCGGCAAGGAUAUCCGCAGAUGAACAAAACCCCCUACAAAGCCAAAUUUAUGGGCAGAAGUAUAGAGAACUCUACAAUAAACAACCGAAACUUAGAUCACCUUUUUAUCAUCAAGUCAACCUUAUAUCAGAUUCAAAUUUCCCUGACACUCUGAGCUUAAAACCUCCUAAAUACCCACCAUGGACUAGUAGGAAGAUCGACAUCAAUAUAACACUCACAUCCUACAAAAAGAACGAAACCGUGCCAGCUGAGUUUCAACAAAAAUUCCUCGAAAUAAUAUCCGAACUCAAUUACAAUGAAAUUAUCUACACAGACGCUUCCAAGUCAACCGGAAGAGUAGGAUGUGCCUAUCUCACCAAUAGGGGACCUAAAAAAUUCAAACUACCUUCGGACUGUAGUAUUUUCACAGCGGAACUGAUAGCUAUACUGCAAGCACUCGAAUACGUAAAAAAAACGAAAAUUACACACUCCAUAAUAUGCACCGACUCACUAAGCGCCAUCCAAGCAAUUCUAGAAAUUUACAGCAAAAACCCUAUCGUCAACAACAUAAAAGAUCUUUUCACUUCCAUUGACCAGGAACACAAUAUUUGUCGUCUAAUUUGGGUUCCAUCUCAUUGUGGUAUUGCUGGAAAUGAGGAAGCAGACAGAGCAGCAAAAGAAGCAAGUUUCGACGGGCAGGAAAUAGCGAUCAUGACCACCUAUGACCUCAGCAAUAAAUAUAAAACUUACAUAAGAAACAAAUGGGAAAAUAUUUGGCAAAAUCAAAGAUCAAAGUUAGCGCUCAUCGACCCCUCAACAACUUACGUAUCACCCUCAGUCACAAUCACAAAAAGGAGAGAUCUUGUGAUAUUUAGGCGUCUUCGAAUAGGCCACACUAGGGUUACACACAACCACCUCCUUGUGAAGGAAGAUGUCCCAAGAUGUGCUACAUGUGAUGCUGAUAUCACUGUACAACAUAUCCUAAUCGAUUGCCAAUUAUACCUACCCCAAAGGAACCAUUUCAAUGUCAGCGAAUCAAUGAAGGAGGCCCUGAGAAUAAAUUCUCCAUUAUCCCUAAACACCUUGGAUUUCAUAAAGAACAUCAAUGUCAAAAUUUGA